UCUCGCUGUUUUAGGCUUUAGGUUUUCCGAAGAUCUUCACUGCAUUUCUAAACGUACGAGUUUUGAUGGUGAAAACAGGAGAUGGUGAGAGGGAAAAUUCAGAUGAAGCGAAUUGAAAAUGCAACUAGCCGGCAAGUGACCUUCUCCAAGCGUCGAAGCGGGCUGUUGAAGAAGGCUCGCGAGCUUUCUGUUCUCUGCGAUGCUGAAGUUUCUGUCAUUAUUUUCUCACAGAAAGGAAGAGUAUAUGAGUACUCAAGUUCCGACAUGCAAAAGGCAAUAGAACGAUACAGCAAGUAUAUCAAAGAAGUGCAAAAUGACAAGCCUGAAAUGGAACGAUACACUCAGCAACUGAGGCUUGAAGCAGCGAAUAUGGUCAGGAAGAUUGAGCUUCUUGAAGUUUCUCAAAGGAAGCUGUUGGGUCAAGGUCUUGGUUUGUGUUCUGUCGACGAACUUCAUGAGGUUGAAAGCCAGCUGGAACGAAGCUUAAGAAACAUCAGGGCAAGAAAGGGCCAUUUGCUUAAGGAGCAGAUAGAGCAACUAAAAGCAAAGGAGAGAUUUCUGCAAGAAGAGAAUGCAAAGUUAUCUGAAAAGAGUGGUGGGGGGCAAUGGCAGCUAUUAACUCAACAGAAAGAAGCAGUAACUUGUAGCGGUCAAAGAAGCCAGAGCUCAGAGGUGGAGACAGGACUGUUCAUUGGACUACCAGAAAACCGAGGCGUCUAGCUGGCUGGUCUUUGG